CGAGACAGUCGCGUCCUGCCCGCUCCUCGCGUCCGUCCAGCCCGCUGGUAGAUGCUGCCCCUCCUUUGACGCGCCGCCGCGAUCCCAGAAGCCACCAUGUCUCUUCUCUCCGACCGCCAGAAGGAGGAGCUUCACAAGGCAAUACUCGAAUACCUCCACUCGAACAACUUUACGGAUGCUUUCAACUCGCUCAAGGCGGACACAGGGAUUGAAUACACGCCGGACCCAAAGGCCAAGUAUGCGGGAUUGUUGGAGAAGAAAUGGACGAGUGUGAUCCGGCUUCAGAAGAAGAUUAUGGACCUCGAGAACCGAAACGCUCAAAUACAAGAGGAACUCUCCCUUUCUCCCGCGAAACGUGCACAAAUGCAGACGGACUGGGUGCCGCGAGCACCGGCAGCCUAUGUUCUGACCGGGCACCGGGGGCAAGUCCUCAAGGUAGCCUUUCAUCCGACGUUCAACCUCAUCGCAUCCGCAAGCGAAGAUGGCACAGUCAAGAUUUGGGAUUGGGAAACAGGAGAAUUCGAACGGACGCUCAAGGGCCAUACGCGUGCCGUGAAUGAUGUUGACUUUGACAGUAAGGGCAAUCUAUUAGUCAGCUGCUCUUCCGACCUAUUGAUCAAGAUCUGGGAUGCACAGAAUGAAUGGCGCAACACGAAGACAUUUUCCGGACACGACCAUACCGUAUCCUCAGUUCGUUUCGUGCCCGGCGACCAACAAAUAGUCAGUGCGAGCCGAGACAAGACCAUCAGGAUAUUCGAUGUCGCGUCAACACACCUGGUCCGUACGAUCACCGGCCAUUCUGAAUGGGUCCGGUGUGUACAACCUUCAGACGACGGACGAUUGCUCGCCAGUGCUUCCAAUGAUCAUACUGCGCGACUAAGCGAUCCCUUGAACGGGGAGACAAAGAUGGAGUUCCGCGGGCACGAGCAUGUCUUAGAAGUCGUCGCAUUCGCCCCUACUGCCGCGUAUACCGCGAUCCGUGAGUUGGGCGGUCUUCCAGACAAAGACAGAGUGAAGCGGCCGGGCGCAUACCUGGCAACUGGAUCAAGAGACAAGAUGAUCAAGAUAUGGGACUGCCAGAGCGGUCAACUCAUUCGGACCUUGGCGGGACACGAUAACUGGGUGCGGGCACUCGUCUUCCAUCCCACGGGCAAGUUCCUCCUCUCCGCAUCUGAUGACUACACAAUACGCGUCUGGGAGCUCACGACCGGGCGUUGCAUGAAGACUGUACAAGCCCACGGUCACUUCGUGACCUGCCUCGCGUGGGGUCCCCAAUCCAAAUCACAAGGCCCCGAUGGCGCGAAGGCCAACGGCACUGCAGAUGCCAAGGCAGAGCCUGAGAAGUUUGUGAACGUCAUCGCGUCGGGGAGCGUCGACCAGACGAUCAAGAUAUGGCUGCCAUGAUAAAUUAUCGCUUGGAUGGAGGCUGCUGCUCGGAGCUAGGGCUGGAGGACGUGUGCCAGUGAUCAACUACUGCGUCGUGUAUGAUUUCGUUAACGUUAGACAUACGGUAAUCGUUUCUGUUCUUUCUGCAUUUCUCGCU